UUUGACUGUAGCUGUUUUAGGUACCGACAGUAGUAAUGAGCCCGCUCAGUUACAAAGAAGAUAGCCCUCUGAAAAAGAAGAAAGAAAAGAAACAAGGGGUGCCUGAUUAAAGUCGGGCGUGCCUUGGAGGUGGACCCACGUGAUCGGACCGGCGUUCUGCACCAGAAAAGGAAAGCAACGCCAGGCUGGUGACGACAGACGCCGAAUGGGGAAGGAUCCCUCGAGGGUGGGCCUUAAACCACGUUCGAGUUAGCCCCUAGAGGCGCUGGGCCCCACUAUAUUAUACCAAACAUGGCUAGCUCAUCCUCCCCGGUUGCCCAGAAGGUCGAAGCAUAUUGAGCGUCGUCUUCCUCUUCGCCGACGCUGCGCUUAUGAAUAUUGCUGCAGCUGUCCCUGUGGAAUCAUUCUCUUCUCCCGCUGAAUCCUGGGGCGGCAAUCAUCGCUGCGGUGGAUCUGGGGCUUGCCGCUUGAGCUUCUCGUCAUUAUUUAAACAACCCACUGCUCCAACGCGUCCCCGGUCCUUUUUUUAUAAUCGAUCCCCUUGCAGGCCCCAGGGAUACAUAUAUCUUUUUUUUUCCUUCUGGUUAUAAAAAUAAAAUAAAAAAGCCUCAAAAAAAAAGAACUAUCUCCGCUCUUCCCUUUCGUGUUAAUCGCCUUGAUCCUUAUUGUUCCUACUACUACCGCCUAUACUCCAAGUAUAUUCACUCCCAUUGCCUCAUAUAUUGUGCUAUACAUGUUCUUUUCUACUUCCAUCGCUUAACCCAGCUUCUUCCUCACAACUGCUACAAUGGCUGCCGUCAAUUCGCCGUCAACGGAAUCCGACCUGCAAAGCAAGCGCAAGGCUUCCACUGCCGGCCUUUCCUCCAGCAAUCGCCCCGUGAAAAGGAGAGCUUCCAAGGCAUGCUGCUGCUGUCGAGCCCGCAAAGUACGCUGCGAUGUGGUAGAGAGUGGCUCUCCCUGUACAAAUUGCCGUCUGGAUCAGGUAGAGUGUGUUGUUACUGAGAGUAAACGCAGAAAGAAGUCUCGUAUGGAAGUAGAGAGUUCCAACUCGAUUGGCUUGUCUACUUGUCCGUCCGACGAGAAUGGCUCCCUCUUUGGAAGACCAGCAGAUGGACUGCCCAUCAUCUCUCCGGCUUCUCCUCAGAACUCUGUAAAACUCGAUCAAUGUCAACAUAUGCCGCAUCUUCUCUACCAAAGCCAGGCUCGUCGCAUCGAUUCCAAGGACUGCCAGCGUGGGCAGUCAGUCGCCAGUCCUUCAACUCCCGCCAAUCUUUCUCUUCAUCCAACCUCGCCUGUACGACCAUUGAUGAACUCCCCACCCUUCUCUACCUUUGGCUCCAGCGGUCUGCUACCGGACUAUAUCAGCCCACUUCCCCAGCGCUUUCAGAAAGAGGACAUUGACUAUCUAACGACCAAGGGCGCAUUGACCCUGCCAGACCUUAACCUCCGGAAUGAGCUACUCAAGAGUUUUGUGCAUUACGUACAUCCAUACUUGCCUAUCCUGAAUCUAGAAGAUUUCCUCCAGACAAUCGUUGCAAAUGAUGGGGUUCAUCGCCUGAGCCUUCUGCUGUUCCAAGCUGUCAUGUUUGCUGGUACUGCCUUUGUCGACCUCAGACACCUUCAGGCCGCCGGUUAUUCUACCAGGAAAGCUGCUCGGAAAUUGUUCUUCAAACGCGCCAGGCUACUAUAUGAUUUCGACUAUGAAGUGGACCGGAUAUCCCUUGUGCAGUCGCUGCUAUUGAUGACCCAUUGGUACGAGACGCCGGAUGACCAGAAAGACACCUGGCAUUGGAUGGGCGUGAGUUUGUCGCUCGCACACACCAUCGGGCUGCAUCGCGAUCCCGCCAACUCGCGUAUGGAUGUGCGGCGCCAGCAUCUGUGGAAACGGAUUUGGUGGAGCACCUACUGUCGGGACCGUCUGAUUGCGCUGGGGAUGAGACGCCCUAUGCGCAUCAAGGACGAUGAUUGUGACGUCCCCAUGCUGACUCUGGAUGACUUCGAAUUUAAAUCCCUGUCAUCGGAGGUUGUCAAUAUGGUCGGAAACUCGGAGAUUCUUACCAAUGUGGAUCACCAGAGACACCUCGCCCUCAUGUUCAUUGAGAAAUCCAAGCUCUGCCUGAUCAUCAGCCGCGUGCUAUCAGCACAAUACUCGGUUUUGAGCCACAAAUUUGGCGGAACAAUGGAGACUACGAUGAUGUUGGUCCCGAAGAAGUCGUCAGCGGAAGCGAUCGAAGUUAGACGCUGCGACCAAAAGUUGGAGGAUUGGCUGGCCAAUAUUCCCCCUCAGAUUCAAUAUGCCCCCUGCAUGUCCUUCAAGCUUACAGAAGCAGAGGAGGUGUUGCAUUCCCAUCGGGCUCUGCUCAAAAUGAUCUAUCUUUCAACAUCAAGCGCGCUCCACCGUCCUCAGGUACUGCCAGCCAUGCCAACUCCGUCUGUUGAUGCGGAGCUGCAGGAGACGUCUCGGAAGAAGGUGCGGUUUGCUGCGGUGGAAAUAACCAAUGUUGCUCAGGACCUCCAUAAUCUGGAUCUGACUCGAUUCCUUCCGACCACGGGUGUGACGGUAAUUCUUCCCGCCGUCAUCAUCCACCUGCUUGACAUCAAGGCAAGCGAUCCGAGUGUCCGAAUGACCAGUCUCCACCGCUUUUAUCAAUGCAUGCGGAUUCUCCAGCGACUAAGGGAGAUCUACGCGUCUGCCGACUUUGCGACAUCCUUCUUGGAAGCUGCCAUUCGCAAGGCCGGGAUUCAAGUUAAUCUUCCGCAGUCGGAUGUGCCGCCACAGGUGCAGCCCGACUACAGCCAGUUCCGAUUCGAUACGACGAUGCGAGCCAACGCAUUGACGCCCCCGCCAGAUUCCUUGGCGCAGAAACUACCGGACCUCACCUACCCCAAACAACCGACCGUACCGCAAGUACCGGAAACGAACAUGUUUUUCGCUUCAACACCGCCACGUUCCGAGGGCAGUGAGAAUGGUAGCACAAAUAACAUCAACCCGGACUACCAGCCCAAAGCUUUUAGCAUUCCCAACGAAGACGAUCCGAACAUGAGCUUAAAUGAACUCAUGGAUCUGGCUAACGAGGCUGAGGUGACGCAGAACGAUUUCGACGCGCUCAUCAAUUUUGAUGAAGCUGGCGCCGACCUGUUUGCGGCCGAUGAUGGACUGGACGGGCCAAACGGCAAGGUCUACGGCUUCGACUUGGGUAACAUUUCCUAUGCUGGACUGGGAGAUGCAACACUCAAUGCUGACUGUACGACCGGCCUGAUGGAUGCGGCUACAGAUGGUCUUCAAUCCGAGACAAGCCAUAUUGACGUUGACUCCAAACUGGGGCUAAGUCUUGAUUCGUGAUUAUUUUUUUUUUUUCUUUUCCUGCUCCCUUUCUUUUCAAGUAAAUAGUUUUCAUUCUACUUGAAUUAUUAUUAUUUAUCUUUCAUUGUUUUCCGAGGUCGAUGACGAGUGCAACGACGUAUAUGUAUAUAUCCUUCGUGUAACGGCGGUUUUUCCAAUUAUUGCAAAGGUUUCCUUAGUUGGAUAACGGUCAUGUGAAUACUGUUCUUUCUUCAAUGGAUGAGAUGUUACACAAUCGAAGUGCACACAAGUAGAUAUCUGGAAAGAGCUUUGACCUGGAGACAUCGAAGCCGAUGCAGACUAGCAGACUAGGUAAUGACUCGGAACCAGCCAUCCUUUCGGAAUGGAAGAGAAGAUAAGAAAGGUGCCAGACCAGUGCUGGAGAAAUUGAAGUAGAAGUCGGCCGAAAUUGAACUGAACUGAAUUGAUUGAACUAUACUCCGUAGCGACGUACGGGUUGAG